CCGCACGGGUCGCGCGCAAGUCUUUCGUUCUUAAAACAAACUUGUAUUACGCGCUUAUUUCAAAUUUUAUAUUUUUUUAACAGCCAGUUACCGGCGAGUUUAUAAAGAGUUUUUAGUUGUUUUUGUUUGUGAUUUAUAUUGUUAUAUGCUUAUCUGUGUUUACGUUCAGUGUUUUGUUGCUAUUUUGUUUUUGGUAAUGUAAUGAAAGUUUUUGUUUAUCGGAGUUUUGAGGUGGUUUUGUGCGGUGAACCUUUGAAGAAGUGAUUCAACUAUCGAGAGGAUAAAUCUUGCAAAAUGAGAGUAUCUUGGAAAAUUCUGUGCUGCUUGAUUUUGCUUCUGAAAGUGGUUGCUGGAAAUUGGUGGAACCUAGCCGCGCCAGUUCCAACAUCUAAUAAUACUUCACUAGACCUCACACCUCUUCACAAGGAAAGCUGCCAUCGACUGGACUAUCUUGUGGAGAGACAGAAGCAACUGUGCAUGCUUUCUGAUAAAAUGAUACAGGUUCUCCAGACUGGAGCUACACAGGCGAUAGAGGAAUGCCAGCACCAGUUUCGUCACAGCAGAUGGAACUGCAGCACCGUGGAAAACUCAACAGAUAUAUUUGGAGGUGUACUCAAAUUCAAGUCUCGUGAAUCUGCAUUUGUGCACGCUUUAUCAUCAGCUGCGCUGGCACAUGCGGUGGCCCGAGCUUGUAGCCGCGGGGAGUUGAACGAGUGUUCCUGUGACUCAAGGGUCAGGAAGCGGACGCCACGCCAUUGGCAGUGGGGGGGAUGUUCAGAGGAUAUAAGGUAUGGUGAGAUAUACAGUCGAGACUUCAUAGAUGCCAAAGAAGAUAAGGACGCUGAUGAAGGUAUAAUGAAUCUACACAAUAACGAAGCUGGAAGACGGGCUGUCCGCGCACGUAUGCAGCGUGUAUGCAAGUGUCACGGAAUGUCGGGUUCUUGUUCAGUUCGAGUCUGUUGGAGAAGGUUGCCCCAACUGCGUCUAGUUGGUGAUGCCCUUGCAACCCGAUAUGAAGGAGCGUCUCAUGUUAAGGUUGUCGAUAGGAAGCGAGGCAAGAAUAUAAGAAAACUAAGACCAAUUCAUGCUGACAUGAAGAAACCAAACAAAACGGACCUGGUCUACUUAGAAGACUCACCGGACUACUGUGAACCUAACGAGGAGCUGGGAAUUCUGGGCACUCGCGGUCGGACUUGCAAUAGGACAUCGGCUGGCUUGGAUGGUUGUCGUCUUUUAUGCUGCGGGCGAGGCUACCAGACCAGGGUGAGAGACCACGAAGAGAAAUGUCGCUGCAAGUUUGUAUGGUGCUGUAAAGUACACUGCGAGAUAUGUAGGUCUAAACGAGAUCACCAUGUUUGCAAUUAGUGUUAUAUCACGAUCGAAUUGGAAUAAUGUAAUACUUGUUGUAAUACCGAGAGGGUUAUAUGAUGCACUGGAAACUCCCUUAUGCGAUACAACUUUUAUAGAUUGUAUAUAUACUCGAACAUUUGAUCGAUCACUGCUUAUGAUUCAUGGCAAUCGCUCGCAAUUUUAUGUAUUUUACGUUGAAAUUUCCUAUAAGUGUUGUUAAUAUUUCCUUACAUAGCUUAAUUUGCUAAUUUCAACUCUAUUUAAGGCCUCGAUUAUCUCUUUAGCGUAUUUAAUACUUGUAGUAUAUCCGAAGAGCCGGUAUUACAUUUCUGUUUGACUAAGCCUAUAGCCUAGCGAAACUCUCUAAGAAAAAAAGCAAUUCACUCGAUUGUAUGAAACGUGCAUACAUUGACAGAUGACGGCUAUAAUCUUGUAUAAAACGUGGAUAGCCGAAAUCCACUAUGUUUUCAGCAACUGUUCGCUUUCAAACUUAGACGGAUAAUACUUCGUCGCCAAUCGCCAUACUGUAAUUACUACUAUUUCAAACUUAUGUCAAAUCACUGCACGUUUCAUAAUAAAUUAAAUUUAAUUUUUUACUUAGGUUGUCCCGCCUAUUAUUACGUAGUAUUUACAUCCUCUUUGGACUAAUAGAAUGGUGGAAAAAUAUUUAGUUGGCUCAGAUAUAUAAAAAAUCUGACCUUAUUUGGUUCAGUGCCGAAAAUAUUGUAAUUGUCGCUACAUUUUUUGAUUUUUUAUUUAACCCGACGUUUCGCUACAUUUGCAGGCUCAUAUUGUCAGGGGUAUUGACUAGUUCCACUGACAUAAAAAUGUAACAAAAACCUAAUGUUAAAAAUACAGUUACAAUAACACGCAAUUUAAUCUCAUAAAAAUAUUUUAUUUACAUAAAUACGGGUUGCGCUUUACUUGAGUUCGAGUUACGGAGUUAAGUGUAUCUAAUGUUUAUCAAUUGUUGUGACAAGCACAGAUUACAGAUAAUACAUCUAUUAUGACAAGUAUGUUAAUAAUUUCAAAAUAAGAUGUAUUUUAUUCGGGCUUAUAUCUUUAAGGGGCUACAUAAACAAAUGCAUUAAGAUUAUAGUAUUUCAAUAUUGGCCGCCUCAAUUUAAUAUAGAAGAAUUUGGAUGAUAUUAUGGACUUUUGCCAAAAGGAAAAUAAAAUUGCCAAUUUUAGUCGAUGGAGGAAAUUCACACAGUUCACUAUAUCCAAUAUGUUCUUUUAAUUGAAAUCCUGAAAGUAAUACUUUGUUAUUUUUUUUCUUACUUUGCGCAGCAUGAUAGUAAGAUGGAUGCGCUCUGUUGCUAAAUCUUUUUUUUUGUCACAUUAUAGAUGAUAUUAGCUAUCUCAUUCGCACCCUUCUCUCGUUUGUUGGUGUUUGGCAUCGUAAGGCUUACACCUCAAAACAAGGUUAAAGUAAUACCAAAUGCACAAAGCCGUUCAAAAGUAAUUUACUUACAAAUGCGCCACUUUUUUUUUCAUUUUGUGUCUAUAUAAAUUCAAUGAGUGAAAAUAUUUUCCGUAAAAUAUAUUAUGAGUCUAUCAAACAUUAUUUAGCAUCAAAUUAUCUAGCCCAAAAUAUAUAAAUAUUGAUACUUAAAUAUCCAUAACUACAAACAAACAUCUUUAUUUAUCAUAUAAAUGUUUGUACCUGCCGGUACUCGAACCCGGUGCCCCUAACUCAGUGGACAGCGUCAUUACCCACCAGGGCUGUUUGGGUCGUCGAUAAUCUUAAGGUCUAAAGCAAAACUUUGGUAUUUUUCUAUCGAGAAAAUUUGUUCUAAUACAGUUAUUAAGCAUAAACGUUGUGUUACAAAAACAUAAUUUAAAAACACGAGUUAUGUUAGACAGUGUCCUAACUUUAACAACGUCAGUGACACAACAAUAACGACGUCCAAAAUAGAGUUUAUCUUUUUUUAUUUUAAAUCAGUGUUUUCUUGUGUUUAACUUAAACGUCGUUAAGCACAACAUGAACUAAAGUGUACAUGAGCAAGUAAAGUAACGGAACGCAAUUUUUGACAGCUGUCAUCUAUCUGUCAUCAUAUAAUAUAAAUCUCUCGUGUUUAAAUAUAAGCAAUGUCUAAAGAUUGUUGAACGCUAAACAACAGAAAGACACAGAUUUAUAACAGAACUUUUUUUUUUAAACUAUUCAACAUAUGUUUGUCCUUUUUGUAACAGAACCGAUAAUAUCUAUAAAAUCAGAUCACAUAUAAAAAUUAGAGAAAAAGUAAACUAAUUUUUUCUGAAAGUAUGCCCUUAGGUUAUACCCAAGAGUAGCUUAUAUAUUUUGUUUGCUUAAAUUUGUAGAUAUAAUGAUAAUUUAAUUUACCAAUCUUAACAAUAUAGUUAGGAGCAACGCAAUCUUUUUUUGUGACGUUAUUCUUUAAUUCAAUAGACUGAUUUAUUUUAAUGUUAGUUCUGGUAAGCUUUAAAUUUAUUUACAGUAUUAAUUUAUUUAAGUUUAUAUUGUACAAAGUGUAUAUACCGAUUGUUAAUAUAUUAUUAAGCGUGCUUACUUAUUUAUAUUAACUUAUUUGUAUCGAUAUUAUUAAUUAUGCUUAUUGACUUAAUGAAAAUUACUACAGACACAAUUUAUAAUUUCGAUUGUUAGUAAAUUCAUCGUUAAGAAUUAAUUAUUUUCUUAGACAAUUAAUACGUCUAGAUAGCGUUUCUUGCUGUUAGAUAACCGAUAAAAACAGGCCAGGAAUAUUAGUUUAGUGUGCAUGGCAAGCUACGUCUUACACUCGCGAUUUAUAUGACACUUUGUGUUACGCACAGUGAAUUGCUUAAAAUAGAGGUUUGUUCUAAACUCAAUUUUUUUCGACGAUUUCACAGCUGUCAUAGUUUAUCUAGACGUAUAAUCAUCUAAGCAUUUUUUAAUAUUCUAAAAUUAUUGAAACAGAAAUACUUAUUGACAUUAUGUAGUUAUUUUGUAAAUAUCAUUUUGUACUUAAUAGCUGUAGGAUAUUUUUACGUUCUACCUCAAACGAAAGUCUUAAGAAGCCCUAAAAUAAUUACUCUGAAAGUGGCCGUUCUUUCGAAGAGAAGCAUUUAAAAAUUAAUUGAGAAUAUCAUUUUCGACAAAAAUAUGAAAUUUAGAGUUUCUAAGGUUAUUGUUAUUCUAUUGAUUAAGGAUUGGUCUUCGCUGCGCUCCAGCUAGAUACCGCGCUAACUAAGAACAAUAGCUUUUUUAUUACGGCAACUAUUCGAUGCUUGUGUGCAUGGCAUCUUGGCACUCAAUGGCAUCUUUCAUAAUUUAAAACAUACGCUUCGUGUUAUUUUACAUUGAAAGUAAUAAAAUUAUUUCUGAUGACAUGUGAUCCCAGUGUCUUUUUAUUUCUAGUAGUAUUAUUUUUACAAAGUUUUACUACGCAACCCGGCAUUUUAGUUUCAAUUAUUAGCAAAGUUUAACAGAACACGUGGCACGUCAACGUCACACAUUGUUCGAGUCUGGCUCGUAAGAGUUGCCGCACUUUGCGACAACGCCUGCAGUAUCCAGUUGGAGCACAGCGGAGACCAAUCCUUAAUCUAAGUUUAUUAUGGUAUUUGCAUUCAAAUUCAGGAAUUUUUCUUUUUUUCUAUCCUAAAGGUGACAAAUACAGAACACAACGUUUUCAUGCUCUUAUUAAGUGGUUAAGAUAAAUGUUCAUGUAAUUCUCUUUUUUAAAUAAAGUAGCGCUAUCUCCUUCGUGCUUUUGUAAAAUAUAUAGCUUUAUAUAUUAUAGCGUAUAUGACUUAAAUAAAGGUGCGUUCACAAUAAAAUUUGCAGCAAAUAUACGGAUAUUAUUAUCUCAGGAGUUCAAUAUCCACCAAGUCAAAUGUAUUACUUCCUAUCCUAUUCCUUAUUGGAAAAAUUUAGGUUUAUUAGUGUUUUUUUUGUUUUUAGUUUAUGCCUUUAGUCGCGUUGCUGUAGGUUUUGCAGUAGUAUCAAUAUUUAUUAAUUUUUUACGUAAUUGUUUUGGAAUUAAACAAUACUAAAUGUUACAAUACAUCUGUGGAAACUUUCAAAUCGGUUAAGAUGUAUCUGAUAUUUGAGUGACAAGCAAUCAAAUAGGCGAAAAAUCUUAUGUAACUUUGAACUUUUUUAUCAACGUACAGACGAGUUUUUAUAACUACUUUUAUUUUAUGUAACUCAACUGGAAAUUUACUUUCAAUGAAUGUAACAUAAAUAUCUAUCUAUCUAUCAUCUGGAUAAAGAUUUCAGUUUGGACCACCCAUGCCUGGACGGGUUAAUUGACAUGGUGAAUUUUAUUUAUGGAGAAUGCCUUUUAUAAAAUUAAGGUGCAGUUUAUCGAAGGUAUAGGAAGCCGCAGUGUUGGUAGGACCCCCCCCCCCACAAGUUGGACCGAUGAUCUGGUCAAGAUCGCCGGAAUACGUUGGAUGAGGUCAGCGCAGGACCGAUUGUUGUGGAGAUCUUUGUCCAGCAGUGGACGUCUUCUGGCUGAUGAUGAUGAUGAUGAUAUCCAAGCUAAUAUAGCACAAGUGCUAUUUAUUUUGUGCUGGAAUCUUUCUAGUAACGACCUAUCUUGGCGAUGUUAUCUAAAGGCUAACUGAUUAGCCUUAGUCAGUAGUCGCUCAAGUUGAAGCGAAACAAGAGCGGGACAUUGUUUCAUCUCAUAAUGUAUGAUGUUUCUCCACUGAAGAACCAAAAACAACACGCGGGAAUCGCGUCAGUUUGAGAGGCUGAGCGAGCGAGCGAAUUACGCUUAAACGCGUCCCGAUUCCCGCGCGUUGUUCGCCUCAGUUUGAACAGAGCUUAAAGGAGGUAUUGUAUGCGCGAGACUGAAAGAUGCGCAAACGGCAGAAGUCAAUCACCCAAAUUAUUUAUGCUGCGUGACCGGGUACCUUUAUUUGUGAAAUCUGCGAUCUAAACUUAAUACAAUUUCGACAUAUUAUUGUUACAUUCUUUGUCAAUUGUAAUACAUUUAUUAAUUAUUGUAAUAUUUCUGUGAAUGUAUCUCGUAUAUCGUUAGAUUGAACAAAGACUUAGUGUUUAUUUUUAAUUAUUAAAUAGUUUAUAUUAGUAAGUGUAUAAAAUUAGUAAUAAAUAUGUAUUUUAAAGUG